GAUGUCGUUGCUGUGAUGAAUGUGUGUCUCGGUCGGAGUGCGCGCGUUCGAAGUAUCGUGAGAUGACCACUGUGCCCUGCUGACAAAUUGGAUCGUGCUUUCAAGCUGAUAUAGGACGAGGAGAGUUUCAUGAGGUUUCGCGCGUUCGGACUUACAUAGCGCAUGGAGGACGCCGAAAAAAUAAUUCUAGAGCACCUGAAACAGGUGGGCUGCUCAAUUGAAGUCGAAAGUCUGAAGGAUCUCGACGCCGAGACGACGUUGGACGCCGUGGUGAAAUGCCUCAAAGCAAUUAUUCCGGACUUCGCGGCUCCGAGUUCCGUACCGCACAAUAUGGUAGCAAAAUAUAAUUUAGGCAUGAAGCUUGCCGACGCCAUAGUAUCGCUGGGCUUCAAAGGAGAACUCGGCUACCAGUCGUUUAUGUACAGCAACGAGGUCGAGCUGCGUCGAGUCUUCACUUUCCUCAUCGAGAAAAUUCCCAAAGAAGAGAAGGUUUCUCCAGUACAGGCGAAAGGAUUCUCGUUUAAAUCCACCUUCGCAGCGGCGGUGCGCUCUGAAAUCGAGAAGCCUUGGCUGCCCACCUAUGCGCGGGACGAAUCGAUCGGGCGUCCUGUCAAGACCCUGAGUUUCCGGGAAGACCUGAGUCGGAUCGAAGACCCGCACACAUUGAUGGCGAGUAUCCUGAACGAGAAUGCGGCGUUGAGAGCCAAGGUCUCCUUGUCGAACGAUGCGGAAUUCGUCAAGCUCAUCAGGAUCAUCCAAGAGAAGAAAGCCUCGCUCCAGAAGGAGUCGUCCAUGCCCGAAGAUGUUCAAGACCAGGCGACGAUAGAACAGGAGGAGCCGGAGGCGGUCGAAGUCCGACCGGACGAGCUCGCCGUUCUAGAAGAGCGAAACGUGCAGUUGGGCGAGGAAAUGGAAGUUAUCGAUGCCGAACUCGAGAGGGUCACGAACGAAAUGAUAAACGUCCAGGUUGCCUUGGAUGAAAUGGUUUCGAUUCUCGCACAGGAACGACAGACGAAUAAAAUUAAACUAAAAGCACACGAUCUGAUCGGGGAACACGGGAUCGAGGGUGCUUUAAAAUUCUGUACAGAUUAUCUCGAGUCGCUAGAGUCGAAAUCGAUGAAGUUAGCCGUCGAAUGGGAAGAGCACCGAGCGCCACUGGUCGAGACGCUGCGGAAACUUCGGAUGGACAACUCGGCCAAGGGGAAUCAGCAGAGAAGCAAACGAGAGAGAAUGGAGAGGCUCCAACGCGACAAGCAGAGAAUGGUCCAGGAGUAUUCCCUCAAGCGAGAACUAGUCAAACAAUUGCAAGCGGAAUGGGAGAAAAUGGGCUCCAAGGAAUCGAACGUCACUCAACGAUCCUCGUACCUGACCCGAAUCCAAGAGAUCGUCUGCAGUGUCACCCGACAGAAAGAAGAAAUCGAAAAAAUUCUCAUCGAGAACCGGAAGAAGCAGCGGGAGAUGAACUUGCUAGCGGACAGGUCGGAGCGUUCUUUCGCCGCAGCGGAACUUUUCUUCGCCAAGCAAUCCGCUAAAUCGGAAGACGCGAAAAAAAUGCAUCGAAAUGUCGGGGAGAUCCACAAGGACUGCAAGACGAUUUUCGAGGCCGUCGACGGCAAUGGGACGCUGCAGAGGGAGAUUCGUGAUUUGGAAGAACGUAUCGACAAAGAGCGCCAGUCGAAGGUCGAGCAGAACCUCGAGAGAAUUACCGCGGAUUUCAACCAAAUGAAAAUGGAGAACGACGCCAUCGAGACGGAGCUCACCAAGAAAGGAGUAGUACUCGGCAACGUUUAA